GGGGGAGGAGGGGGAGGUGGGGGCUGAAGCGGAGCAAGAGGCGGCGCCGAGGGGCGGCUCCGCGGCGCGGAGCGGCGCGCGACCCAGAAGCGUUGGAAUCCUGAAUUGAGACGGCUGCGCCUGAAGACAGCAGGAGUGGCGGGGCCGCCGCCGUCGCCAGAGAGAUGAGCCGGGAAGCCUGAGGCCGGAGACGCCCGCCCUCGGGCCUGUCCGCCCGGCUUCCCCGCUCCCGGUUACUGGAAGAUGAAAGAGACUAUACAAGGGACCGGGUCUUGGAGGCCUGAGCCUCCUGGACCCGGCAUCGCCCCAGCUUAUUCAAGUCCCAGGCGGGAGCGUCUUCGUUGGCCUCCACCCCCAAAGCCCCGACUCAAAUCAGGUGGAGGGUUUGGGCCAGAUCCUGGGUCAGGGACCACAGUGCCAGCCAGACGCCUCCCUGUUCCUCGGCCCUCUUUUGAUGCUUCAGCUAGUGAAGAGGAAGAAGAGGAGGAAGAUGAUGAGGAUGAAGAUGAGGAAGAGGAAGUGGCAGCUUGGCGGCUGCCCCCCAGAUGGGGUCAGCUCGGAGCCUCCCACAGGUCUCGCCCUCCCCGCCCUGCUCAUCGGAAAACCUGUUCACAGCGCCGUCGCAGAGCUAUGAGAGCCUUCCGGAUGCUGCUCUACUCUAAAAGCACCUCGCUGACAUUCCACUGGAAGCUUUGGGGGCGCCACCGGGGCCGGCGGCGGAGCCUUGCACACCCCAAGAACCAUCUUUCACCCCAGGAAGGGGGUGCGACCCCACAGGUGCCAUCCCCCUGCUGUCGUUUUGACUCCCCCCGGGGACCGCCUCCACCCCGGCUGGGUCUGCUAGGUGCUCUCAUGGCAGAGGAUGGGGUGAGAGGGUCUCCACCAGUGCCCUCUGGGCCCCCCGUGGAGGAAGAUGGAUUAAGGUGGACUCCAAAGUCUCCUCUGGACCCCGACUCGGGUCUCCUCUCUUGUACCUUGCCUAAUGGCUUUGGGGGACCACCUGGGCCAGAAGGGGAGCGAACUCUGGCACCCCCUGAUGCCAGCAUCCUCAUCAGCAAUGUGUGCAGCAUCGGGGACCAUGUGGCCCAGGAGCUUUUUCAGGGCUCAGAUCUGGGCCCAGCGGAAGAGGCAGAGCGGCCUGGGGAGAAAGCUGGCCAGCACAGUCCCCUGCGGGAGGAGCACGUCACCUGUGUGCAGAGCAUCUUGGAUGAAUUUCUUCAAACAUACGGCAGCCUCAUCCCCCUCAGCACUGAUGAGGUCGUAGAGAAAUUGGAGGACAUUUUCCAGCAGGAGUUCUCUACACCUUCCAGGAAGGGCCUGGUGCUGCAGCUCAUCCAGUCAUACCAGCGGAUGCCAGGCAAUGCCAUGGUAAGAGGCUUCCGAGUCGCCUAUAAGCGACAUGUGCUGACCAUGGACGACUUGGGGACCUUGUAUGGACAGAACUGGCUCAAUGACCAGGUGAUGAACAUGUAUGGAGACCUGGUCAUGGACACGGUCCCUGAAAAGGUGCAUUUCUUCAACAGUUUCUUCUAUGAUAAGCUCCGUACCAAGGGUUACGAUGGGGUGAAAAGGUGGACCAAAAACGUGGACAUCUUCAACAAGGAGCUACUGCUGAUCCCCAUCCACCUGGAGGUACACUGGUCCCUCAUCUCUGUUGAUGUGAGGCGGCGCACCAUCACCUAUUUUGACUCGCAGCGCACCCUGAACCGCCGCUGCCCUAAGCAUAUUGCCAAGUAUCUCCAGGCAGAGGCAGUGAAGAAAGACCGGCUGGACUUCCACCAGGGCUGGAAAGGUUACUUCAAAAUGAAUGUGGCCAGGCAGAAUAAUGACAGUGACUGUGGCGCCUUUGUGUUGCAGUAUUGCAAGCACCUGGCCCUGUCUCAGCCAUUCAGCUUCACCCAGCAGGACAUGCCCAAACUUCGUCGACAGAUCUACAAGGAGCUGUGUCACUGCAAACUCACUGUGUGAGCCUCGUAUCCCAGGCCUCAAGCCCAUUCGUUAAAUGGGCAGGGGGACAUGGGAGAUCCUUCCUUCCCAAGAAACUCCAAUUCCUUUCCUCUCUUGCCUCUUCCCACCCAAUUCCCUUUGGUUUUUCAUAUUUAAAUGUUUUAAUUGAUUUCUGUAUUUUUUUCUUUGAGAGAAUACUUGUUGAUUUCUAAUGUUCAGGGGGUGGCCAUGGAAUAUCCCCUUUCACCCUCUGUCUGCAGGGGAGUAUGGCCUUGUGGCCUGGGUGGGGCAGUCAUCUCCCUUUCAUGUGCAGGGUGGGGGACGGGGCAGGAAAAUCUGUGCUGGGGGUGGUGGGCGGACAAUGGGAUUCCUGCCUGCCAGAUCUUCAAAACUUUUAUAUAUAUAUAUACAUAUAUAUAUAUAUGCCAUGGUCCUGCUCUGGUCAAUAAAGGAUCCUUUGGAGAUACA